AUGGCUCGUGGAAUGUGGUUCUAUCGCGUCCUCGGUGCUUAUGUCCUUAGCGACCGUCCGCCCUACAGCUACGAAUUUGAUGAGGACCUUUCCGAUUUAGCGACAGAGGGAACAAAGAGCGAAGAAGAGCAGCUAACGAAGAAAAGAAGGAAAUUUGAGGCUGGCGAAAAGGAAAGCGAAAAUGACGAAGACGAAGAGGAAGACAGCGCAUCUGAGAGAUCACAUGCUGAUUUUUUGGCCGACGUUUACUACGAAUUCAAAGAAAUAAGCGAAGGACGAAAAAGGGAGCUUGCACGGGAACAACAAGUUAUACUCGACAUGAUUCAGUCCGAAAGCGAAAUGGAAAACAAGGUCAACCAGGCAUACCGUUCUUUCAUGGACGCCCAAAAGGAGGACAAACUGACCUCCUUACCGUCUCUUCAUGCCACCACUUACAUUAUUCAUUGCCGUGACCAACCAAGAUAUUUCUAUAAUGGAUUGAGACCGGGAUAUGUUGAAUUUUACCGCCUACCAGUGGAGGAUAACUUUGGUUCCAAUCCACCGCCAGAUUCUGACCCGAAGAGCAUGUACGGGCAUAUCUAUAUCAACGCAAGCAACGGCAUCGAGUUUAAACCAUUUGAUCGGCCCGAGGAAUUCAGUGGUCCGAUUUCAUAA